GAACUGCAUCCGCGGUAGACGUGCAUAGCGGCGAAGUUUGCGAGGGGCCAAAUUUACUCUGUCGCCUGUUAUUAGCUAGGUGGUGCGGUUUUUGUCGAUGGUGAAACAGGCAAAUCUGACUUCCUCAGGACAUCGCAUGCUGCUGGCGUCACCAACAUCCGUCUCACUAUACACAGCAGGCGUGACGUACAUAAUUCUCCCUUCUAAUGGACCCGGCAAGCUGGCAUGGGCCUUUCGUGCUCUUCUCGACUCGUAUGCUUCUCGCCAGGCUUCGGGUAGGACCGAGACACGGAGGUUUCAAGACGCUGUCUGGUAUGGGUUUGGGACUCUUGUGGAACCGAGAAAAACAGAGCAGAGACAACCAACCGUGCGCCUCCAGGGACUGGGGAACUCGAUUGAUGAAAACAAUUAUGCCAAGCUGGCGACUCAGCUGGAGAGCCGUCAUACGCUUCACAAGCAGGAGCUAUACCUCUUCAUUGUGGCGAUGUGGGUUUGUCGACUUGGCUGGGAGAACAAACGGUGCAAAACGGUGAAUCAUUGUCGAAUCGAAUUGUUGUCUAGCGUGUAGGUAUCGCAAAGCUGGUCGAUAGGUGACCGUCUCGGCCACUCCCUGUCACUGCAUGCACCCCCUGGACACCACGUUCCUUCUCUUCUCUAUCACCUUCCCUAGCUGGCAGCCGUGCUCCCCCUGGCCAUCAUCCCAAGUUCCUCCUGCGGCACGGUCACUACCAUCCCCAUGCUAUGGGGGUUUUGCUUCGCCCAGAGUCCCCUGAUGACCUUUAUCGAUCUUGUAUUC